UUUAAAUAAUUCUUUAAAAAAAAUGGAAAAUAAAGUAAAAUUGAGCACUCAAGAUGGAGUGAUUAUAGAAGUAAUUAAUUGUUUUUACAUAGGUUGAUAAAGAAGUAGCAUGUAAAUCUCAUUUAAUCAACACAAUUAUUGAUGAUACAGGUAGUGAAGAAGAAAUUCCAUUACCUAAUGUUAAAAGCAGUAUCUUAAAGAAAGUGAUUUAAUACUGUGAUUUACAUAGAAAUGAUAAUCCUCCUGAAAUUGAAAAACCUUUAAGAAGUAACAACUUGUAACAAUUUUGUUAAUUUUUUUAGGGCUGAUUGUGUGGAACAAAAAGAUGCUGAUUUUAUUGAUAUACCUAAUUUAGAGGAAUUAUUUGAUAUUAUUUUGGCUGCCAAUUAUUUAGACAUCAAGUCAUUAUUAGAUUUAUCUUGUGCUAAAGUAGCUACUUAUAUUAAAGGUAUUAAAUGAUUUAAGUUUUCAGGCAAAACUCCUGAAGAAAUCAGAAAAACAUUCAACAUUUAAAAUGAUUUAACAUAAGAAGAAGAAUAACAAAUCAGAGAAGAAAAUAAAUGGGCUGAAGAAACUAGUUGAGUUGUUCCUCUUCAUAAAAUUAAAAAAAAUAUAUUAUUUAUCUUCAUUGAAAAUGCAUCC